GGUCCACCACGUCGUCGUCGCGACGAUCAAGACGAGCGCAUGGCGGACCAUGAGCGGGCGGACGAUGGCGAGCAGCAUGAUGGCGGCAAGGAGGAAGCGCCGGCAAGCCCGACGGAGACGCAGGCGACCGGCUUUAGCCUCUUCACCAUGCGGCGCCCGGCGGCCAUGAGCGCGGACGCGAUCCUCGCCGAGCAGGCCAUGAACCGCAAGAUGCACCACUACUCGACGAUGCGCAUCCACAUGAAGCGCGUGCAGUACGCGAUGGAGCAAGAGAAGCGCAACUCGUUCUACAAAGAGCUCGUCUUGUACCUCUUCUUCCUCUUCAUCCUCAUGCUCACGAUCUGCGCGCUGCCCGUGCACAUUCCAUAUGAGCUCAAUGCGUCACUGCGGUCGCUCUACCUCGACACGGAGUUCCCCAACAUGACGAUGAAGAAGACGUUCAUAGACGUCGAGACCGUGGAAGACAUGUGGCAGUGGGCGCAAGGCCCGCUCGUCUCGUCGUACUAUAGCUCGCCGUACCGCAACUCGCACCAGAUCACGAGCAUCCAGAUCCGGACCGGCCGCGUCGAGUCGCUCCCGUGCUCGCGCGUCGGGCCCACCAACUCGCUCAAGCUCUUCCCGAACGAGCUCUGCACGCCCGACUUUUCCCUCACGCACGAAGAAAUGGGCCCGUACGGCAACAACGGCUUCAACCAGUCGUUCACGUACCGCUCCGACUUGGACGUGCUCCAGCGAUCGUACGUCUUUACGCCGAGUCUCUGGAACUCGCGCAUGGACUAUGGCACGGGGGGGUAUCCUGUGUACUUACCGCGGGACAAUGCGUCAAUCGGUCGCGAGCUACUGCGGCACUUGAAGCGGUCGCUCGUGCUGCCGUCGACGCGGUACGUCAGCGCGACCUGGGUCGUCUACAACCACAACGCCGAUGUCUUUUCGCGGCUCCAAAUGCUCUUUGAGAUCUCGCACACCGACUACAUUGAAAAGUCGGCGCGGAUCGAGAGCUUCCGCAUCAUCGGGUAUGCGUCGCUCGAGGCCUUCUUCACGACCGAGAACGUCAUGAUGGUCUUCCUCGCGCUCGUGACGCUCACGUUUACGUACCGCGAGGUCUCGGACCUCAUCGAGCACGGCGUCUCCAAGUACAUCAAGUCGAUGUGGAACGUGCUCGAUGUCGUCCAGCUUGUCUUUCUGUACGCAAUGGUCUACUCGUGGUGCACGUACAUGGUCGACUGCCACAGGAUCUUGCCCAAGCUCGAGCACAUGGUCAACGCCGUCGACUGCACGAGUGUGACGACCGCCGACGACUGCUUUGUGGACAUCAUGACGGUCGGGAACCACCUCGGGUUCGUCUUCAACAUUAGCGCCGCGCUCGCGCUCAUUAGCGUCGCGAUCGUCUUCAAGUACCUUCGCCUCAACACGCGUCUCAACAUGCUCUGGCGCACACUGCGCUUCGCCGCGAGCGACCUCGUGGCCUUUGUGUUCAUCUUUGUGUUCAUCUUCUUUGGGUACGCGGUCAUGGGCUUCCUCCUCUUCGGGAACCACGUCCGCGACUACCGGUCGCUCUCGAGCUCACUGGCCGCGUGCUUUCAGAUGCUCCUCGGCGCGUUCGACUACAACUCGUUUCUGGAUGCGAACCCUGCGAUGGCCGGCGUCUUCUUCUUCACGUUCAUGGUGUCGAUCUUCCUCGUGCUCGUCAACAUGUUCGUGGCCAUCAUCUCCGAGUACUACCGCGUCGCCAUGGACGAGAAGAAGCUCAACGACGAAAACAAGAUGAAGCUGCUGAGCAGCGACAAGGCGUCCAAAGACACGUUUUACGACAAGGACGCCGAGUACGAUCUGUGGAUGCAAGCGCAACAGUACGUCCGCGGCCUCAAAGUUAAGAUCAAGCUCAUUGUACCGACCGAGAAGAAGAAGCAGCCACUCGCGCUCACGGGCGGCAAGUGUGUGCUCCUCGUCGACUACACAUACCUUUACGCGGAGAAGGCGCGUCUCCGGGCCAAGUUUCGCGCGGCGAUCCGCGUCAUUCGCAUUUGCAUUCAGUUUCUCAGACCAUUGCGCAAGUUCUGCGCUGACUUUGACCCGUCGCAGAUGGCGUCGACGCUCUUCACAGAGUCGACGACGCCGCGGCCGCGCGCCAAGACGCUCCGGCACUACCUCAGCCAAACCGAGCGCGGGGACUUUCCGAUCACGUACGUGCCGAUCCACGCGCCGUCGGCCAAGGUCGUGCACCUCGUGAGCCAGCUGCGACCGGGCCAGAUCCUCGAGAUUGACGACAUGUCGCUCACGAACGACCGCAUCGGGCUCGAAGUGCUUGGCGAUCAAAUCUACUACCUCCACGAGUCGAUGGGCCACUCGUCCGAGGCGAUCGGGCGCGACGAGGAGUCGUUUGGCCUGCGCCACUACCACAAGGACAUUGGGAGCGGGUCCCACAUCCGCUGCUGCCGCGUCUUGUACCACGGUGACACGAUCCUCGAGGGCCUCGAAGAGUGCAUUCUCCCAACGAGUACGUGGGUGCGCCAUGCCAUUUUUGCGUUUCUCCGCAAUCUCUGGGGCGUCAUCUCGUGCCGCUGGUGGCGCCAUGGCCGCGCCAAGGCCCGCAACCAAAAGAUCUCGGACGACGAAAUCGAGCAGCUCCUUGAAGCGCAGUUUGUGGCCUCGGCGCGCGGCUCGUCGUGCCGCUUUGACGAGCUCGUCAAGCAGUUCCGGCUCUUCCUCGCCAAGAAGGUCCAGCGCGGCCAAAUCCGCGUGCCCAACAACAACCUCGAGGCGCUUGUCCAAGCCGAAGCGAUCGCCUUCGUCGAGCGGUUUCCGAAAGCGCUCAUGCCGCUCGAUAAGCGCGAGCUCGUUGGGUACAAGUACGUGCCGUGCCCGACCGACACGAGCCACAUCCGCCUUCCCAACAGCGUCUCGCGUCUCACGGAGCUCCUCGCGCAGAACGCCCACGAGGUGUGGUCCGAAGGCCGCAUCAGUCAAGGCUGGAAGUGGGGACCUGCACGCGACAACGACAAGAAGCUGCACCCGGAUUUGGUGCCGUACGAGGCGCUCACGGAGGAGGACAAGCAGUACGACCGAGACACGUCCAUGUCGGCGCUCAAGAUCAUCCAAGCGCUGGGGUAUAUCAUGGACCCGAAAACGCCGUCAACGGGCAAGACACGCAGCGGCCGGCACCUCGGGCGGCAAGGGUCGUCGGCGUCGGGGCUCGCGUCGUCGUCGUCGUCGAUUGACGAGUCGGUGCUGGCGGGCAUCGACGUCAAUUUUGGAAUCGCUGCAGAACCAGGCGAGACGUAUGCGCCUCGGCCCAUUGACACGGAAGACAUUGAGAUCCCGCCCGAGCUCAACUCGCUCGUCGAGCUCCUCGCCGAGAACACGCAUGACGUGUGGGCGCAGAUGCGCAUGUCGCAGGGCUGGAAGUACGGUCCGCAGCGCGACGACGAGAAGCGCGAACACAACGGCCUCGUGCCGUACGUCUACCUCACGCCGGACGAGAAGCAAAUGGACCGCAACACCGCGAUGCAGACCGUCAAGCUCAUUUUGCGCUUCGGCUUCACCUUUCGCCAAAAGCACGAAGCCAGCGUCGAGAAGAGCGCGGCGACCAAAGGCUUCACCGACAGCUCGUCGGUCAAGUUUCGGAUGUUUGGCCGGUCCGAGGACGUCCAGGCUGAAAACGUUGCGGACGCUGCGCAAUUGCUCAUGGCCACGCAGCGUGCCAAGCACGUCUUCCUCUCCAAGAAGCCCAAGCGACCGUCCGCCUCGCAUUUUGACGCGAUCACGCGAUCCGUCUCGGACGUUGACGCGUUCGACGCCAAACCGCCGGCGGGGCCCAAGUUUCGCCACUCGCUCUCCACGUCCCACAUCGUCGAGGCCGCGGUUGAGAGGAACCAACGCGCCGGGCGACUGGCUUGCUACCCACGACGGCCCGCCUCCCGCUGCUUCCAGAAGCCACUACUGCGUCGACGACUACGACCGAGCAUGUGGUCGACGUUGUUGAUGCUAGCGAGUUGAGUGACAUUGAAGUGCUCGAGGCGCUGGCGUCGCCGCGCAGCGCAAGCCAAGGCGACGUCGUCUAGGACCCCAACGACUACUAGUUGGUAGAAAAGAGGAAAAACGCGAGUAGAUUUGUAUCAAUGUGUCAAUUUGGAAUGAGUGCUAUCAACCCG